AUGCGUAUACCCGCAUACAAUGAGGAGAACUCAUUCCGAGCUCUUCAAGUAGCCCGAUAUGUACGACAUGUAUCAGAUUGGAUUGGAAUGGGUCGGGAUGGGUAGGAUCAGAUUGAAAUGAUCGAGGAGUUGCUAUGGAAUGGAUAGAAGUGCAUACAUUUUUCGUAACUUUGAAUUCGAAUAAGAUUAUCUUAGUACUGUUAGAAUUGUCAAUUUUUAUUGUUAGUGAUGGUGUCAAUGAAGCUGGACUAAUAAUCAGACAUAAGUGGCAGUCCACCUAAGUCAGGGUCGAACCUGCUCAGUCGACGCCGUCAAAUUCUACUCAAUUUACAGAAUGCUGUAGGGAAAGGAGUUCUAAGAUUCUCACCCAAGCGAUUUAAAAAAAUGUUAAACUAUUGAUAUCUUAUGAGCAUUUCACGGAGAGUCUCAAAAACUGCCCACCUUUGUAAGAAGGUGUCUCAAUAUGGCUAAAUCUCACCACUUUAUCUACUGAUUCAACUGACAACUUCUAUGGACUUGCAAACGAUACCGCCGCAUAAGAUAUUGAAUCUGCCACCCCCUAGAUUUCGAUUUGGAUAUUCUAGAAAGAUAGAGCAUUAACAGCAGUGUCACAUAUCCAAAAUUUUGGAGAUGCCGCAUCUCGCGCGAGAGAUGUGGGCGUGGGUGUGGGGGAUGCUCAUCUCUAAAGGAGAUCUUACAUCUUCAGUGGUGAAUGACCGGAUCUCCCGACUGUGGGUGUCACGUCUCCAGCGGGAGACGCGGCAUCUCCAAAAUUUUGGAUAUGUGACACCAC